AUGUAUCUCCGAGCCGUUCAUGCAGAAACAUCCAUCACGACUUUGCGGAAGCUUAUUCGCAAUAAUCCGCUGGGUGUUCUCACCACAGCCAUCCCAUCAGAGCAUCAUCCUUUCAUCCUAUCAAGCCAUGUUCCAUGGAUUCUAGAUGUACAAGAUGAAGAUAACGAGACUGAGCUUGGCACCCUUCGCGGCCAUCUUGCUCGAGCCAACCCACAAAGCAAGACAAUGAUUAACAACCUCGAGGCCGAGUCCAAACCCAACGGCUCUUUUCUGGAAAAAGAAGUUCUCGUCCUCUUUACAGCAGCAGCGCAUCAUUACGUAACACCCAAGUUCUACACAGAGACCAAGCCAGACACAGGCAAAGUGGUACCGACGUGGAACUACGCAGCCGCACAGGUCUACGGCAAAGCAAAAAUAUUCUUCGAUUCAAAGGCCCCGGAAACAGGCGCGUUCCUGACGAAACAGAUACAUGAUCUGUCCGAGCAUGCCGAGGCAUCCAUCAUGGGUUUCGACGGCAAGGAAGGCAGGCAAGACGCCUGGAAAGUGAGGGAUGCGCCGGAAAGUUACAUUGGGUUGCUACAGAAAGCCAUUAUUGGCAUUGAAAUCAAGAUUGAUCGGCUCGAAGGCAAGUUCAAGAUGAGCCAAGAGAGUACCAAGGGCGACCGCGAAGGCGUUGUCAAAGGCUUUCUGGCAUUAGAGUCGGAGGUCGGCAGUGAGAUGGCCAGCCUAGUGAAGGCCAGAGGAGAGUUAAAGGAUGCCGAAGCACACAAGUAG